UCAGUCUUGCGGGAAACUUUCACGUGAAAAGUUUUACUUUCUUACUGCCGAAUCGACUUCUAAAUUAUUUUUUUUAACUAAAAUUUUUACGGUGAAGCCGGUUUUAUAUAAUUUUUAUCGAGUGUUGCUACCGCUUUUUUAGUUUUUGCUCGAGAUAUAUCAAAAUGAAAAGACGCGGAAAUAACAAAGGAAAGUCGGGAGUCGGGGUGCUGGAACUGCACCAAGUGAAGCGCUUGGACAUGUCGGACCAGGUGGCCAUCGUGAAGAGACCGAAGUACCUGCCCAAUCUGCACAACCUGGUCAUGCCGCAGAUAUGCUACGAGCACUCCAACCGCGUGGUGGCGGCCCGUCUCUCCAUCGAGGUCCAUAAGCACGACCAAGAUGCGGCCGAUUUCUUCGAGGGCGCCGAGGCGCCCUGCUUGAAUGUGCCGCGCACCCUGUUCCCGAAUCGCGCUCCCGUGGACAAGAUCAUCUUUAUGCCCAGACUGCUGCUGCCAGUGGGCUUCGAUGCCGGUGGGGUUUUUGCACCAGGUGCCAUCCCACGGCGAUUCUAUCCCAUGGGUCUGAUGCCACCCAGUCACAAGGGUCCAACGCCGCCCCUGUUCGUGGGUCUGCGCACCAAGGACUUCCAGAUGCCGGUUGAGGUGCAGAAACUGCUGGAAAAGGUGCCCCCAGCGAUUACCACGGUGCUGCCCACCACCACGCCGCCGAAGAUGGAGACCAAGAUCGACAUCGGUUAUACCCCGAAUUACAGGCCACCGCCGCUGUCCAACGCCACCGGCAAGGAUCGUGCCGCCGAGGGGCCCAGCCUGGAGAUGCGAAUGAUUCGCCAUGAUGUCACCUUGUCGAUGGUCUACACCACACCGACUGCACCGAAGCCACCCACAUCCCAUCCAUUCCGUCAUCUCCCGGUGCAGUACAACAUCUAUACACCGGAUCUGUCCAAUGUCCUGGUGGUCAUGUCGCGCGUAUCCAAGCUAACCGUGGCCAUUCUCUCCACAAUUGUGCAUCCACAUGCGCCGGCCGUGGCCAUGGCCACCAUGGGCGACGAGAAAUGCCCGAAUUUUGAGCUGCCCUCGGAGGUGUUCCCCACCUGUGAUGGCCUCAAGCGUCCCAUCUUUCUGCCCGAGCGUUUCCAGCCCAAGGGAUUCAAGGCCGGCUGCAUCUUUAAGCCGGGCAGUCUGCCGGAGUCGUUCUUUAGGGAGAAUUUUUGGAAGGCCGGAACACCACAGCCACAACAUAGCAAUGGCAUAACACCACCACUGUUUGUGGGCAAGUUCACGACCGCAAGGGCGGCCAGUGCCUUCUUGAAGACGAUCCAAGAGGAGGGCAAACAGAGAAUGGCCGACGCAUCCGGAUCCUCAGCAGAGGCAUCUGGAUCUGGGUCUGUCCAGACCGUGGAAUUCAACACAACCAAGGUACGCUGCACGACCAAGGGGUUUUUGGUGCUGGAGACCGAGAAUCCGGCCACUCCACCGGGUGCACAUAGCCUGAAGAAUUACCUGCAUGCCUACAAUGCAGGAUGCUUUGUGAUGGUCGUACGCGAUGAGGAACGCGAGGAACUCGAGGAGCCUGAGGAACCCAUGGUGCCCCCGGCUUUCUCGAGAAUCGGACUGCGAUGUUGUGCCGUGUGUGUGGAUCCAGCUGGUAGCCCAGGUAGUACGGAUAGGGAAGAGUUCUUUCCGGAGGAGAACGAAAAGAAAGCAGAGGAAAAGAAGCCCAACGAAGCUGGAUCUAUCAAUAACCAGUCGGACACCCCAGAUCCGGAUAAUUUGCCAGAAAUACAACUAGAUGAUACAUACAUUGUUACCGAUCCAGAAGAAUGCUUCGAGGAAAACGGAAAGGAACCAAAGCCUACCGGACCCACAGCUGAAUAUAUUAUAAACCGUCCGGGAACCCCAUUUCCCCAUGCUUUGCCGGAAAUACUACUAGGUGAUAAAACAUACGCUAAUACAGAUUUAAAAGAAUCCCUUGAGGGGGAAAAUGGAAAGGAACCAGAGGAAACGAAGACUAUCGAGUCCACUAUUAUAAGCCGACCGGGAAUCCCACAUCCCCGUGGAAUACUACUAGAUGAUAAAACAAACGUUAGUACACAUCCAGAAGAAUCCCUUGAGGGGGAAAACGGAAAGGAACCAAAGGAAACAAAGCCUACCGAAUUCACUGCUUGGUCUAUUCCAAGCCGCUCGAAAGCCCCAAAUCCUUAUGAAUUUCCAAAACCAAAACCAAUUAUGGACCGGCCGGGAGCCCCAUAUCAAAAUGAACCUAUUAUGGACCGGCCGGGAACCCCAUAUCAAAAUGUUUUCCCAGAAAUACUACUAGAUGCUAAAACAUACGCUGUUGGAGAUCCAAAAGAAUCCUUUGAGGGGGAAAACGGAAAGGAACCAAAGGAAACAAAGCCUACCGAAUCCACUGCUUGGUCUAUUCCAAGCCGCUCCAAAGCCCCAAAUCCUUAUGAAUUUCCAAAACCAAAACCAAUUAUGGACCGGCCGGGAGCCCCAUAUCAAAAUGAACCUAUUAUGGACCGGCCGGGAACCCCAUAUCAAAAUGUUUUCCCAGAAAUACUACUAGAUGCUAAAACAUACGCUGUUGAAGAUCCAAAAGAAUCCUUUGAGGGGGAAAACGGAAAGGAACCAAAGGAUACAAAGCCUACCGAAUCCACUGCUUGGUCUAUUCCAAGCCGCUCCAAAGCCCCAAAUCCUUAUGAAUUUCCAAAACCAAAACCAAUUAUGGACCGGCCGGGAGCCCCAUAUCAAAAUGAACCUAUUAUGGACCGGCCGGGAACCCCAUAUCAAAAUGUUUUCCCAGAAAUACUACUAGAUGCUAAAACAUACGCUGUUGGAGAUCCAAAAGAAUCCUUUGAGGGGGAAAACGGAAAGGAACCAAAGGAAACAAAGCCUACCGAAUCCACAGCUGGAUCUAUUACAAGCCGCUCGAAAGCCCCAAAUCCUUAUGAUUUCCCAAAACCAAAACCUAUUAUGAACCUGCCGGGAACCCCAUAUCAAAAUGAACCUAUUAUGGACCGGCCGGGAACCCCAUAUCAAAAUGUUUUGCCAGAAAUACUACUAGAUGCUAAAACAUACGCUGUUGAAGAUCCAAAAGAAUCCUUUGAGGGGGAAAACGGAAAGGAACCAAAGGAAACAAAGCCUACCGAAUCCACAGCUGGAUCUAUUACAAGCCGCUCGAAAGCCCCAAAUCCUUAUGAAUUUCCAAAACCAAAACCAAUUAUGGACCGGCCGGGAGCCCCAUAUCAAAAUGAACCUAUUAUGGACCGGCCGGGAACCCCAUAUCAAAAUGUUUUCCCAGAAAUACUACUAGAUGCUAAAACAUACGCUGUUGGAGAUCCAAAAGAAUACUUUGAGGGGGAAAACGGAAAGGAUCCAAAGGAAACAAAGCCUACCGAAUCCACAGCUGGAUCUAUUACAAGCCGCUCGAAAGCCCCAAAUCCUUAUGAUUUCCCAAAACCAAAACCUAUUAUGAACCUGCCGGGAACCCCAUAUCAAAAUGAACCUAUUAUGGACCGGCCGGGAACCCCAUAUCAAAAUGUUUUGCCAGAAAUACUACUAGAUGCUAAAACAUACGCUGUUGGAGAUCCAAAAGAAUCCUUUGAGGGGGAAAACGGAAAGGAACCAAAGGAUACAAAGCCUACCGAAUCCACUGCUUGGUCUAUUCCAAGCCGCUCCAAAGCCCCAAAUCCUUAUGAAUUUCCAAAACCAAAACCAAUUAUGGACCGGCCGGGAGCCCCAUAUCAAAAUGAACCUAUUAUGGACCGGCCGGGAACCCCAUAUCAAAAUGUUUUGCCAGAAAUACUACUAGAUGCUAAAACAUACGCUGUUGGAGAUCCAAAAGAAUCCUUUGAGGGGGAAAACGGAAAGGAACCAAAGGAAACAAAGCCUACCGAAUCCACUACUUGGUCUAUUCCAAGCCGCUCCAAAGCCCCAAAUCCUUAUGAAUUUCCAAAACCAAAACCUAUUAUGGACCGGCCGGGAACCCCAUAUCAAAAUGAACCUAUUAUGGACCGGCCGGGAACCCCAUAUCAAAAUGUUUUGCCAGAAAUACUACUAGAUGCUAAAACAUACGCUGUUGAAGAUCCAAAAGAAUCCUUUGAGGGGGAAAACGGAAAGGAACCAAAGGAUACAAAGCCUACCGAAUCCACUGCUCCGUCUAUUCCAAGCCGCUCGAAAGCCCCAAAUCCUUAUGAAUUUCCAAAACCAAAACCUAUUAUGGACCGGCCGGGAACCCCAUAUCAAAAUGUUUUGCCAGAAAUACUACUAGAUGCUAAAACAUACGCUGUUGGAGAUCCAAAAGAAUCCUUUGAGGGGGAAAACGGAAAGGAUCCAAAGGAAACAAAGCCUACCGAAUCCACUGCUGGAUCUAUUAUAAGCCGCUCGAAAGCCCCACAUCCCUAUGAUUUUCCAGAUCCAGAACCCUUUGAGGGGCGUAACCGAAAAGAAAACUGGAAACGCACAAAACCCACUGAUCUAAACGAUACAAUAUUCUUGUCUGACACCGAAUCCACUGAUUAUGACGCAGAGCUCCAGAUGAUUGCCACAGAUAUAGAAACAGAAUCUGAAUCCGAGGAGCGCGACGAGAUUCGCGACCACACCGACUAGCUCUUCCUGGAGCACGCCCAGCGGAUGGAGGACGACUGCCGCAGGGCCCUGCGCAAGUCCACGCGCUGCCGAGAUUGCGGCAAGAUCCACUAAGAUGUAUUCGAAAUGUCAAUGGCGAUUAUAUAAUCAAUCACGUUCUGUUUAAAUGGUUUUUCAAUUUUAUUCAGGGUUUUCGGUUUGUCACUCAGAAUGCACGUUUACAAUAUAUCAUUUUUUUUUUCGGUCUACU